AAGACCUUCAACACGCACCUGCUCAUCGACUCAACCGGUACCAGAUGGUGGAGAAGAUUAGGCAGCAUUUCUGGGCCCGCUGGUCCAAAGAGUACGUCUCCGAGCUACAGACGCGGUCCAAAUGGCGAACUCACUGCGAGGACCUCAAGCCUAACACAUUGGUCCUUAUAAAGGACGACAAUUUGCCUCCCCUCAAGUGGCAGCUAGGACGCAUCGUCAAAACUAUCCCUGGUAAAGACGGAGUAUCCAGAGUGGCAGAUAUUCGCACUGCAUCUGGCAUCAUAAGACGCGCAUACACUAAAAUCUGCCCUUUAGUGUCUCAGCCAGACGAAGAGAAAGGAGGGGAAGCUCAAGAAUCCUCUUGAAAGCCAGAUCUUUCAAGGCCGGGGGCAUGUUCCGUACGAGACUCAUAACGCCAUCUCUUGUCCAAGCGAUGUAACCACACAUGUCGCGUGAUACCUAUCGCAGCCAAUACGGAGCGCGAUAUGCGCCGACGUCAUCCUACGUCACGAUAUAUUGUCCCCUGCUACCCAUCUAUCCUCGAUACAUGUACACGUAGAUUAAGAUUAAGCAUUCAACA